AUGAAACGUUUGAGACACAAGGGUCGUGUCCGUACGAAAACUGUUAAGAAGGCCUCUCGGCUAAUAAUCGAGCGUUUUUAUUCUCGCUUGACGCGGGACUUUCACACCAACAAGAAAGUUUGCGCUGAUAUUGCAUGCAUCAACUCCAAACGUUUACGAAACAAGAUUGCUGGCUAUGUCACGCAUUUGAUGAAACGCUUCGAGAAGGGACCCGUACGAGGCAUCAGCGUGAAGCUCCAAGAAGAGGAGCGGGAACGCAGGGAUAACUACACUCCUGAAGUGUCCGUCUACGAUACUCUCUCCAUCGAACUCUGCCCUAUUACUCAGGAGAUGUUGCAGAGCAUGCUCUCGUCGAUCGGAAAUUUACCCGAAUUGCCCACAUCUCUGCUACUGCUGGCGUGGCUCGGUACAAAAUUGCAGAUCCUAUUGGACCACGAACGUUGA